AUGACUAUAAGAACCGCGCGAAGGCCGCUUCGGCAGCAAAAAUCAAGGUCGAGGCGGACCUGGACUAUUUCGACCUGGGCCUGGUGCAGCCCGAAGGCGGUGACGAGGUCGGAGAGCGUCACUUUCCCGGAAACCCAAAUCGCAAAGGUGCCCAACCCGGUCGACGUGACCCAGAUGCGGCCGCUCAUCGACAAAGACACGGGAGAAAAGUUUACCUUUCGAACGCGCGAUGAGCUCCGCCAUUUCAAAUACCAGAGGUACAUGAAGCGCUAUCUGCGGUGUAUCCAGGGGAUCGACGACGGGGUCGGGGAACUACUGGAUUACCUCGACUCGAACGGCCUGGCGGACAAUACCGUGGUCAUUUACACUUCCGACCAGGGAUUUUUCCUAGGUGACCAUGGCUGGUUCGACAAGAGAUUCAUGUACGAGGAGUCGUUUCAGAUGCCCUUCCUGAUUCGAUACUCCGAGCUCAUACGGCCGGGCUCUGUAUGCAACGACGUAAUAUCCAACAUCGAUUUUGCUCCGACGUGGCUCGACCUCGCGGGAACCACGAUCCCGUCGUACAUGCAGGGACGAUCGGAUACCAUGCAUGACUGUUACGCCCAUUAUGGUGUGCGGAACCAACGCUUCAAGCUCAUCUAUUGGUACAACCAAGGCUUUGACCUCCCGGGAACCAAAGCCGGAGGUCAAGAGAAGGAAUGGGAACUCUUGCCCGAGUAUGCCCAGAUCGUCAGAGACCUCAGAGACGAAUUGAGGCGCACCAUGCUCGAGAUUGGAGAUGAGCCGGCACACCCCUUAUGA